UCCAAGGCGCAUGUAACACACAGCUCUGGUUUCCUUGACGACCAGCCUGACCAGCUGACUGCAAAGGCCAGUGUCUCUCGCUCUGAACUUAUCAGAAGUGUGGCCGCUACCUAACUCCUACAUCUACAGGUCAGCUAUGCAUCUCACUCAAAAGGACCAAAAGCUUGACAUUGUGUUAAGAAACCUGGGCGCCACAGAUUCAACUUUUGAAAUUUCAGAUGGCAGCAAUGACCCUGAGAAGAUCGUCAUCACUGAACCCCGUGCCGACAGUCUGGAAGAGGGCCUGGACCCGAGGCCUGAGGGCAACCUUAUCUACUCCAUCAAUGAUCGCCCACCCUGGUACCUCUGCAUUCUUCUGGGUUUCCAGCAUUACAUACUGGCGUUCGGUGGCAUCCUGGCAAUUCCUCUCAUCCUUGCCGAGCCAUUGUGCAUCAAAGAGAACAACGUUGCCAAAAGUCAGCUCAUCUCCACCAUCUUCUUCGUCUCAGGCCUGUGCACUUUGCUACAGACCACCUUUGGGACCAGGUUGCCAAUCCUCCAAGGGGGGACGUUCACCUUCAUCACUCCGACCUUGGCGAUCCUCGCCCUUCCCAAGUGGAGAUGCCCAGACAUGAGUGCCAACGCUCAACCGAACACCACGGAUUCUGCUGCCCUCCUCGUGGAUGGCGACGAGGUGUGGAAGGCCCGCAUCCGUGAGAUCCAGGGUGCCAUUCUAGUGGCCUCAAUGCUUCAGCUUGUCCUGGGGCUGUCGGGUCUCGUGGGGCUAGUGCUGAGGUUCAUCGGGCCGCUGGCCAUUGCUCCCACCAUCAACCUCAUCGGACUGUCCCUCUUCAUCCAGGCCGGGCAGAAGUCAGGAGCUCACUGGGGAAUUGCUGCUCUAACUGUUUGCCUGAUCCUUCUCUUCUCCCAGUAUUUGAGCAAAGUUAACCUUCCUCUCAUUGCUUAUAAGGACAAGAAGUGGAAAGUCUUCCAGUACCCUCUCUUCAAACUCUUUUCAGCUUUAUUUGGGAUGUGUGGAGCCUGGCUGGUGUGCUUCCUGCUGACGUAUUUCAAUGCCCUGCCCUCAUCCCCGAAUGAGUACGGAUACAUGGCAAGAACUGAUAUCAAUCUCAAUGCAGUAAAAAGUGCUGCAUGGUUUUAUGUGCCUUAUCCAGGACAGUGGGGUUUACCCACUGUGAGUGUGUCAUCUGUACUGGGCAUGAUGGCUGGAGUCCUGGCCUCAACAAUGGAGUCCAUUGGAGACUAUUAUGCGUGCGCUCGUCUCUCUGGUGCGCCUCCACCGCCCACGCAUGCUAUUAACCGUGGCAUUGCGGUUGAAGGCGUGGGCUGCAUCUUGGCUGCCCUGUGGGGUAGCGGUAAUGGAACCACCUCCUACAGUCAGAAUAUCGCCGCUCUGGGAAUUACAAGGGUUGGCAGCAGAUUGGUACUUCAGACCGCUGGGCUUCUCAUGAUCAUCUUGGGACUCUUUGGUAAAUUUAGCGCAGUCUUUAUAACUAUUCCAGACCCGGUCAUUGGUGGAAUGUUCCUCAUCAUGUUUGGGAUGGUAGCAGCAGUGGGUAUUUCCAGUCUGCAGUAUGUGGACUUGAACUCCUCCAGAAAUCUCCUGAUUCUUGGCUUCUCGACCUUCAGUGGUCUUGUGCUCCCAACAUGGUUUCAUUCAAACCCAGGCAUGAUCAAUACAGGCAUAAAAGAGUUGGAUCAGCUCAUUAUGAUUCUCUUCACCACCCACAUGUUCAUUGGUGGAUUCUUUGGGUUUGUUUUGGACAACACAAUUCCAGGAACAGAAGAAGAAAGAGGAUUAAAGAGCUGGAGAAAGGCUGUUCAUGAAGGAUCUCACAUACACAUCACCGAUCAUUCCUGUUACAAUCUGCCUUUCUGCACAAACUUUAUUCAGAGGUUCAAAUUGCUCCACUACCUCCCGUUUCUCCCGUCACUUGAGUCACAGGAACUGGGAACACAUCUGUAGUGCUAUAGCUUCCUGUGGUGAGGCUUGGUUUUUAAAUGGCACAUUCCAGGCAAGAGGUGAGCAAUGUUCAGGCCCGGCUCCACCGUUUUAAGCUCAUUAGAACAGGAGUCAGCCCUAAUCACAGAAUUGCUCCAGUUUUCAAUGGGAAUCAUGCAACCAGUUACAUUUUCAGCUCUUUUUGGAUUUUUAAAGUACAUGAAAGUUCCUCAAAAGCUCCAACCAAUCUUCUUUAUAAUAUAUCGUCGAUGUCGGGUGGAAACCUCAUAUGUCCAAAACCGCAACUUUUCAGGAAAUGGAAAAAACCUAGACAAUGUUGUCAAAGUUAAUAUUGUGGCUUUAUAUAUGGUCAGACAUAAUAAUAACUGUCUAUAUAUCUGCAGAUAUCAAUAGACUGUUUUCGUCAUUCAAAAAGGGAUACUGGAACUAGGUCUGCGGAUAAACAAACCGUAAACAAAGCAGCGCUUCCUUACCAUUUUGAAGAUCAAUCACGCUGAUAAUUUUUUUCAUUCCAAGCGGCUCAUGAUGUAAUAAAUAUUUGCAUAUUGGAAUGCUCAAGUAAGGUGACAUAAAAUUAGAUGACAAAAAUAAUGAGCCAGCACUUCAUAAAAUUAAGGUUGAACCACCGCAGUCACAUGAACUAUUUUAACGAUGUCUUUACUGGACCUUGAAAGGUACAAUGAAAUUGCUGCCUAUGUGUGGUUCAGAUACUUCUUGGAUUUCAUCAAAAAUAUCUUCCAAAGAUGAAAGAAGGUCUUACGGGUUUGGAACGACAUGAGGGUGAGUAAUUAAUGACAGAAAUUUCAUUUUUGGGUGAACUAACCCUUUAACGAACACAGUUAUGAGGUUGUAUCGACAGUUUGAGGAUGUUACAACGUUUAGUCACAAGCUCUUUUUUAAUACUUUUCAUUAAUUAAAUAUUUGUAAAACCAACAGUCAGACGUAAAGAGUGACCAAUAGUAAUGAUUUAUGAGAAAAAAAUUAAAAUGGUUUCUGCCCGACAGCAACGAUAUAUAUGUAUAUUGGUAAAUUCACAUUGUAAAUUUAAAUCAUGAUAUAGAAGUUACUUUUUCAAAUAAGUAACACAUUUAUUUUUAUUGAAAACCCUUCAGUUUUGAGUUCUUGUGCUUGUGAGCAUGUCUGUACAUCACUUUUCAGUGACGUACAAAGAGUGGCGAAAUCCCACCCUAAGAUUCAGGUUUCAAAAAGUCCAUAAUACUCAUAAUAAAUCAAAUAAAACCCAUGUGCGUCAGUGGAAUUUAGUUGCACUCCUUUUUUUGUAGCAGAUAAAAUAACAUGUCACCUCAGGGCCGUGGCGGAUUUGCUGUACCCUGGAGCUCACAGGUACCAUUGCCAUAGUUUUUCAAACUAUUUGUCAUUUUUUUCAACCUAUUUGUCAUCGCAUACCACCAGCUUUGUUGGCAAAAAUCACUUACAUAACACAAUAUAAAAAAUAUUCCUUCCUUCC